AUGAACGGGCGUCCGAACACACCACUACUUCUGCGCCGCAACGGUCGACCUCAAGCAUGCGAUCCUUGUCGUAAACGUAAGCUUGCUUGCGAUCAUUCACAACCUGUUUGCAGUCGGUGCAAGAAGAGGAAACAAGAUGCCGAAUGCGUGUAUCUGGUAUUGGGCUCAAGGAUAUCGACACCUAGAAGCCCAUUACCAACCCCUGCAUCUUCUACGCCGCUCGCAUUUCCUCGGCGCGGAAGUCUUCAGAAUCCCCAACAUAGCUCGGCUUUAACACCGGAUGUUCCUGUCUCGGGACAUAACAGACCUGGCUAUCUUGGCCCAACUAGUUACUGUAACAUCUACGAAGAUACUGAGAAUAGCUUGUCACUCCUGCGGGGAUCGACCAGUGUCGCUACUCAAUCCGAUAGCUUUGCUCACCAUGCACAUAUCGAGGGCACUCAGACCAAUAUGUCUGUUCGGGUUUGCGACAUGGCUCUGACAGUGCUACGCAGUGUACCCGAUCCGACUCAAGGGAGCGCACUACGAUUUAAGCCGGGAUGCGAUGGCUGGAUCCGUUUUAUCGCAGAUCGAGUAUCCAGGUCUCUAUACGAGGCCUUCGGAGAUUAUUUCAGUCCUGGGAACCGUUCAACAGCUAAAUUAGAAGAGCUUGCUCGGACUAUCUGUACUAAUACUUCGAGACCGUUCUCGGACGAAGAAACCGACCCGGAGAAGUGGUUCGACCAAUUCUCAGGGAAGAACAUACGGUGGGAGUCGAUAGGAGUACUAUGCGUCUUUUGGGAAUUCGUCCCCGGUUCCAAUACCGAGUUUUGGAAAGGGAAACGUUCCGCGGAGUUUGAUCGGGGCUUCCGUAUAUCGAGAGAGGUAAUGCACCUCUGCCUUGAGUUAUCGAAAGAAUUCUCAUCUGGGAAUUCGAUGAUGCUCUGUCUAAGCCAGAGGUGCACUGUUACGGAUUCCAUGUCCGUCGGAGACGCCGACUUAGUUGUUUGGAGGGUACACGCGGAAACAAUCGCAUUGCUUACUUUCCUAGGGUUCCACGCCGUCGAAGAAAGAGAUCGCCAUGAAACAUCCCUGGCGACGGAGAUCAAGAAGAGGUUUUUCUAUCAUAUGUUCACGAUGGACAUGGUGGUUGUCUCGUUCACUGGACGGCCGCCGCUGAUUAGUUCACGGUACUCGUCGACGCCUCUGCCGCUCGAUAUUAGCAGUGAGGAACUAUUCUCCGAUCGCGACACUUUCAUGGAAGCUGUUUCGCGCCUCGACGAAAAGGGUUGGAAUACCGACGGGGAAUUGUAUCCCUCGACUAUUAUUCGUGCCCGGGGUAUUAUCGCAAUAAUUCGCGAGGAAAUAUUCAAGAUCGCUCUCGACCAUAGACAGAACAGUUCGCCAAACGCAUUUUCUAUAGAAACACUUCUUCAACUUCGAUCCCGUGAGCUUGCAGCGGUUGCUGAAUUUCCUCCGCGGUUACAUUUCGACCCUCGAGAUAUUGAAAACUACGAUAUCCCUUCAAAUGAUCUAGCAGCAAGGUCGAUUAUCCAGCUAGAACAUCUGCAAAAUAUGUUCUUUAUCGAAAGGCUUUUGCUUCGAUUCGGCCAUCAAGACAAAGGCGAUUUGUUGAAAGUCAGCUAUGACUUGUCAUUAAUCCCAGAGGCUAACAGCAUUGCAGUCAUGGCUUACGCUGUUCCUGCCGGCGGCAUUCUCUGCCUAGAGCUUCUGAAGCCCACGCUUCAUUUGAGACCCCAUAGCGAUUCCGGAAUUACUCGCUCUAAUAUCAUCCAGAAGCUGAGUCUCCUUGUCGCAUUCCUCGACUGGAUCAGUCCGUCAGCUCCAAACGGAGAUUUAUGCAGCGACGCCAAAUCAGUAAUUCAACGUGUCCUCGACCAAACGUUGAAUGCAGCAUCGAGCAUAUACGAGCCUCCGGCAGUAUUCCAGUGGGAUUCAUCAACGCAGUUAGACUUCAGUUUUGACCUCCUUGAUACUUUCGACUGGAACCGGCCAGAUUUUCCAUCCAGCCAGCAAUCAAAUCAAUAA